AUGAACGGGCUUUGUCUAACCCAGUACGGCCAGUCGUCGUCUUCUCUACCUGGCGCUCUCCUAGAUCAGAUCACCACCACCGUCCACCACCGCCACCGCCACCGCUCUCGGUCGCCGGAGAUCAUCCUCUUCUCCGGCGACCACGCCACGCCGACCCCAGAGAAGGGUUUUGGCCUGAUGGAUCCGCUCCGGAGCUACCUGGGGCGACUCCUCCUCGAGGAGAUCACCCCGGUGGUGAUGGUGCUGACAACACCGCUCGCCGAGGCGGCCUGCCGAAAGAGCGGCCUCAGCUUCGUCGACAUGCUCGCCCCGUUCUCGCUCUUCAAAAAAAUCGACGUGCCCGUGCGAACGGCGAGCGAGGUGCCGUACAGGCUGCAGAUGUUUAAGAUUCGCAUGGUUUACGCGUCCGACGUCCGGAAGGAGGACUAUGAGGUGGCUGACGAGAGGAUUAAGCCGGUGGUUUCUGAGGCCAAUGAGAAGCUCUUCCGGAUUUGCUUUCAGACCCGCCGCAGCUUGAAGAUGUACUUGGAAGUGAGCAUUUAUUAUAUAAUUUCAGAGCCUGAAGCUGAGCUGUGCCCAUUGUGGAUAAAGAAGUUCAAUAGAGAGCUAAUGCAAACGUUAUCCUAUUCGGAGCAUGAGACGUUUGACCAUCCCGUGGCAUGUCUUCUGGUUGUGUCGUCAAUGGAUAAAGAACCCAUCAGCAAAUUUGUUGAUCUCUUCAACACAAAUCAGUUGCCUUCUCUUUUAAAUGAAGGCAUAAUGGAUCCUCAAAUUUUGAAGCAUUAUCUCGUACUUCAUGACCAACAAGAGGGGCCGCAAGACAUAGCUGUGAAUGUCUUAGCUGAAAUGAGGAGCACCCUUGGUUUGAACGACUGUAAAUUAUUAUGUAUAAAUUCAUCUACAGAAGCAGAUGGUAGUAAUACUGACAACUCAUGGCUACCUUAUAAAGCUCUUGGUUUGAACAAUCGUGAAGGAACCUGUUUGCUUAGCAUGGAUGAUUUGAUGAGAAGUUUCAUGAUAAAGGACUUCAUGCAAGAUUUUGCUUCUAAUCAUAUCAUCCCCUACAUGGAGCAAAAGAUACGUGUCCUCAAUCAGCAGGUAGCCACAACAAGAAAGGGUUUUAGGAAUCAGAUCAAGAACUUGUGGUGGAGAAAGAGAGAUGAUGUCCCAGAAGCUCCAAAUGGGCCAAUGUAUACGUUCACCUCCAUAGAAUCACAGAUCAGAGUUCUGGGUGAUUUCGCCUUCAUGUUACGAGACUACGAGCUUGCUUUGUCAAAUUACAAAUUACUUGCUACAGAUUAUAAGCUCGAUAAGGCUUGGAAGCGAUUUGCUGGUGUGCAGGAGAUGAGUGGACUCUGCUAUUUCAUGUUGGAUCAGUCAAGGAAGGACGCCGAAUAUUGCAUGGAAAAUGCCUUCAGUACAUAUCUGAGAAUUGGAUCGUCCGGGCAGAGGAAUGCCACUAGAUGUGGCCUUUGGUGGGCAGAAAUGCUUAAAACAAGAGGACAAUAUAGGGAGGCAUCAAGUGUGUAUUUCCGUGUUUCUAAUGAGGAACCUUCUUUGCAUUCUGCUGUACUGCUUGAGCAAGCCGCUUCUUGCUAUCUAUUAUCAAGUCCACCUAUGCUUCGGAAGUACGGAUUUCACCUAAUCUUAGCUGGGAAUAGCUACUACAUGUCUGAUCAGAAACAACAUGCUGUUCGGGUGUACAGAAAUGCUCUGUUCGUUUACAAACAAAACCCUUGGAGUUACAUCAAUGAUCAUGUACAUUUUAAUGUUGGAAGGUGGUAUGGAGUUCUUGGGAUAAUUGAUGUAGCCAUUAAGCACUUGCUGGAGGUCAUCGCUUGUAGCCAUCAGUCGCUGGUUACACAAAACAUGUUCCUCAAUGAUUUUUUCCAUUAUGUUCAGAGCAUGGGGAAGAAGUUUGAUGUAUACAAGCUUCAACUUCCUGUUUUUAACAUGUCAUCGCUCAGAGUGAUACAUGAAGAUCAUCGCACUUAUGCAUCAGAUGCAGAUGUUGGCGUUAGUGAAAGCACUUGGCAUGAGCUGGAGGAAGAAUUGAUCCCAUCAUCAUCAGUAGUCAGAACAAACUGGCUGGAUACUCAGCCUAAAUCUUCAAGAAAAUACAAGGAUUCCAGUGUUUGUGUGGCUGGAGAAGCAGUAAAAGUGAGCGUUGAGCUUAAGAAUCCUCUGCAAAUUCCUGUUGAUGUUUCUGGCAUCUCUCUUAUAUGCCAACAUUCGACCAAUUUGGAUGCUUUAACUUCUGAUGUAAGUGGGUUGACCUUGGAUGGUGGUGAAGAUAAGGUUAACACAGAGCCAUCUGUUUCAGUAUUUGAGACCGAUGAAGAAAAUUUCGUAGUGUCAAAGCUUGACAUUAUAUUAGGAGGUGGUGAAAGUAAAAGAGUGCAACUUGAUGUUACUCCAAAAGUUGAAGGUAUUCUGAAGUUGGUUGGGAUAUGGUGGACACUUUCAAAUUCCGUAGUAGGAUAUCAAUACUUCGAAUUUGAUGCUCAAAAGAAAAACAAGAAAGGGAAAAGAGGCCAUCGUCGUUCUUUGAACAGCAGCUUGGUUGUAAUCAAGGGUUUACCAAAACUUACAGGAUCUAUUGAUCGCAUGCCGACAAAAGCAUUUGCUGGUGAUUUACAGCUGCUCAAAUUAAAUCUGAGAAACCAUUCAGAAUAUGCUGUGAAGGGCAUAAAAAUGAAAAUCAGCAACCCAAGAUUUUUAAUUCCUGGUGAUUCAUCGGACAUUGGCCUCAAGUUCCCGCACUGCUUAAAAAAGCACACGCAAUCAGAAAUCAAUCUUGUACCAUACAAAAGCACGAAGGAAAAUUUCAAGGGUUUACUCUUUGCAUUUCCUCAGGAUAUUGAAAUUCAAGCAGGUGCAACACUCUCGUGGCCUAUUUGGUUUCAUGCUGCAACUCCCGGAAAUGUUUCUCUUUAUAUAUCUAUAUAUUAUGAAAUGGAGAGUUCCAGUGAUAUUAAAUACCGCACACUGUGCAUGCAUUACAAUCUUGAGGUCUUGCCAUCACUUGACAUAUCCUUUGCUAUAAGUAUGUCCUCAUCAAGAUUACAAGAGUAUAUAGUUCGCAUGGAUGUCAGGAACAAGACCCCAUCAGAGUCAUUUGUACUUCAUCAGUUGUCAUGUGUUGGCAGUAAAUGGGCAGUUUCAGCAUUGCCUUCGUGCAGUUCUAUCAGCUCUGUUGAAACAGUAUCAGCAAAUCAGGCCGUGUCAUGCUUCUUCAAGAUUAAGGAUUUUGAGGCUGAUUCAUGUAAAGAGGCGGACAGGGGUUCCUACAGAACUGAUAUGACUUUAUAUCCUGGGAGCAGCGGAGAUGUGUUUGACAUUGCUCGAUCUCCUUUAGCUGAUUUUCACUUUCAAGAAAGAUAUAGGCAAGGCAAGUUAGUAAAGGGGCCAUGCAGCCUUCUUGAUUUUGUUGUGAUCUCAAAGGCAGCUGGUAACUCUUCCGAGCCUUCUCCAGACUUGCAACUACUUUCUCAUCACACAUGUCAUUGCAGUGCCCUUAGCCAGAGCCCUGUAUGGUGGAUUAUGGAAGGACCUCGAACAAUUACUCAUGAUUUUUCGAAGUCUUACUGUGAGGUUAGCAUCCAGUUGGUAAUUCACAAUUCAGCAGCACAUCCGAGUUCGGUGAGAGUGGUUACUUCUGAUGUCAUGCCAGAGAAAAGCCAAACUGUCCAUCCACAUGAUCCUUCCAGUGUUCAGGGUGGAUGGUAUGAUGUCUCAUUGGAAAAUGACAUCAAGGCGAUCUCUAGUGCCAAGGGUACACAACAUGAGAAGCAAUCUUCAAAAAGCAUUUCACCAUAUGUUUGGUGUUCAUUGAGUUCUGCUCAAAUUGAGCUCCAACCAGAUAGCUGUGCUAGAGUUCCUCUAAAAGUAUGCAUAUUUGCACCAGGCACAUACAAUUUUUCCAAUUAUGAGCUGCAAUGGAAAGUGCAUCCAUCUGAGGGAGCACAAGUGGAUGAAAGUAAAAAUGGGUCAUCCGGUAGCGGUCAAGGACAUCCUUUUUAUGUUACUGUUCUUCAAAGUGUCUAGGGAAUCACCAGGCUGAAGAGAUACACCUUGGACAUCCAUGUAGUUCAGCUUGGAACUCAGGAAUUACAUCCAAUGGCAAUGGAGCAAAGAGCCUCGCUCCACCGAUCCAAUCCUGUGUGGCUGUGUAAGAUGGCACUCAAUUAGUUCCCUGACUGAAUAUAGUAUAUGAAUAUGCGUGGAUAUGCGCACGAUUGUUCUGGUUCGGUGCUGAUAUAUUUACGCAAAGUCCAGGUUGAUGAUAAAUUCUGGUCAGUACAUGUAUACAAUUGUUGGUGGUAAAAUUUUGAGGGACAAGCAUUGGUAACGGAUGAUAGAGACUUGACAAUACAGGUUUUGCUUGUGCAACUGUUGAUGUGGUUAGUAGCCAGUAGGAUCGUGUACUAUUCUUGUACAUCCUGUUUAAUCUUAACACACUGCUAGACGUUUUCUCAGAUGCAGUAUGUAGUGAUAGUUCAAUUAGAUAAAUUUUCUGUACUUUUUUACAAGGUAAUCAGGCAAUCUUCUUGAUAACAUUGCUGUAUGGACAAUGAUAAAUUUUGUUUGCCCAAUGUUUGUUGAGGCCAUAUGGUAUAUUGAUUCCCUUUUUUCCCCA